CACAUUGGGCACCUGUGGUGAGCGCCCUGACACACGGGGUGUGUCUUUGGGCGGAGAUCUGCCCACCCACCCCGCUGCUUCUCCCCUCUGGUUACUAUAUGAGGAGGAAACUGCGAUCCCUCAACACACUACAUUCAACUUUGGUCUCUCCAAGAGUUUUCUCUCUGUCCGACUGGAACCUGCAGCUGUCUGAAGAAGAGAUUUUUUUUUGGAUCUGAGCGAACAACCGUGGGAAUUAUUGUUGUCAUUUUUUUUUUAAUUUAUCGCUGAAGCCAGACCUCAACAUGCCUCGGUCUUUUCUUGUCAAGAAGUACUUUUCCAGCAAGAAGCCAUACUACAGAGAGAGCCAACUGGAGAGCCAAACUGCUUUUGUCCCAGAAAGCUUUCCACUGGCUGAACUCCCGAUGCAGAACAACAGCUCUGCCCUGACCUGCUACCCCACCAACCCCUUCUUCUCCAGCAGGGACGCCCUGCCUGCCCCCCUCUCCCCAGUCACCCCCGUGUCUCUGUCCCCUUCACCACUCGGCCCUCUGGACCUCAGCAGCUCUCCGUCCAGCAGCAGCGGCGAGGAAGAAGAGGAUGGGGGGCGCACUUCAGAUCCCCCCAGCCCGGAUAUCCUGCAGCACCUCUACCACUGUAUGCACUGCAGCAACAGUUACAGCAGCCUCUCUGCACUGUCCCACCAUCAGCUGUCCCACUGCGCUCCACAGCAGACACCUGCUCUGUCCGCUGAAGUCUCUGCUGCACGGCCAGCCUUCCACUGCAAACACUGUCCCAAGGAGUACACCAGCCUGGGGGCCCUAAAAAUGCACAUUCGCUCACACACUCUGCCCUGUGUAUGCCCCACCUGUGGCAAGGCCUUCUCCAGACCGUGGCUGCUCAGGGGACACAUCCGCACACACACAGGUGAGCGUCCCUUUGCUUGUCAACACUGUAACCGGGCCUUCGCUGACCGAUCCAACCUGCGCGCCCACCUGCAGACCCACUCCGAGGUGAAGAAGUACCAGUGUGGCUCGUGCUCGCGGACCUUCAGUCGCAUGUCGCUGCUGCACAAACACACAGCGUCGGGAUGCUGCCCCGCCUCAUAGAACCACAUUCCCUGAACUCUUCUCAGGAGCCGGUUGAAGCUGGUUCACGUCCCAAUAUUCACAGAGGAGUGUGGACAUUUAAGCCAUGUCAGGACUGUUGCUUUUAUACAAUGGCUUCCUAAGUGCCUUUUCCAGGACUCUGUAGGUAGUUUUUUGGGGUAUCUGCAGGACAUCUUUGCUGCGUGUAUGUGUGUGUGUGUGUGUGUGUGUGUGUGUGAUUUGAGGGCAGCUGGACAUCCAGUUAAUUCCCAGGAAACUCCAUCGGUGCCGGCCGGUCCGGGACUCUGGCCAUGUUGCAGCUGCCAGGGUGUGUUUGUGUGUGUGUAUGUGGGGAUGUCAUUCCUCACCAUACUAUACAUGCAUGGCAUAUGUGUGUGUAUAUGAGCAAGUGUGUGUGUUGAGACAGCUGUCUGUGCAUGGUGUACUGUGGAGGCGGGGCGCUGAGAGACAUGUUAGCUGUGACCUCGACAACAGGUGACCCUCCUCAUGCCACACACUUCCCACACACACACACACACUUGUUGUGUGUUACGGGAGGUGAAAGGACCACUUAAACUUGACCAAAAAAAUGCAACUUCUUGGCUUCACUGAUAUUGUCAUUUUAAUGUCAAAAAUGACAUUGAGACAUGUUUUUUGGGGAUGCAGUUUUUAUAAACAAUUUUUGUGAAAAUACAUUUCAAAUUCAAAUGUGCCUUUUUCUGCUACAUGUAAAUAAAAGCUUUGUUAAAAAACAA